AUGAAUGAAACUUUCGGUAGUUUUGUUCAGUUGCCGUCUUGCUUACUGCCUAUUUAUUUAAAGUUUUACUUUGGAAGUUCAAACUAUUCAUUCGGUUAUGGGGUUUCCGAUACGAAGACAGGUGACGUUAAAACUGUAUGGGAGUCUAAAGAAGGUGACACUGUCAAAGGUCAUUACAGUUUGCUAGAACCAGAUGGAUCUGCAAAACAUGUAGAGUCUUUAGUUGGCCCUGGUAAAGGAUUUACUGCAGCAGUCAAUAACGAAGGAGCGAAGCCGGAAUCAACCGUUACCGCUGAACCACAAAUAGAGGACAGAUCUUACAGAGACUAUAAAACACCCUACGAACUUUCUGAAGAUGCAGCUUUAGAGUUCUAUUCUUCAAAUGAGAAGAGAAAUAAAAAGAUACCCUAUGAUUCAUUUUAUAAAGAAUAUUCUAUGAUGAAAAGACCAACGUAUUCUACGGAUGCAGAAUUCAAUGGUUUUUCUAAUAUUCCAUCAAUUAAGCAUCUCCGGGACGAAACUGGCUUUGACAGUGAUUCUCAUAAUUACUUCGAUUUCUAUCAUGACCCGAAUUGCAAAAACAAACACACACAACAAACUGAUUUUUACAAAGCUCAGGAGGACAUGAAUUUUGGAAAACAAAAGUAUCCUUUUCUUUACUCGGACUCAUAUAAAUACAGUGAUUCAUCUAAGAACGAUGAAGAAUAUUUUCAACGCUAUAAAUUAAAGGACCAUAAAUUGUCUAGACCGAAUGAAAUGGGUUUGUAUACUUCAGUUACGAAUAAGUAUAGUCAUCCUUUAUUAUCAGACAUUCCUGUCCCAGAAAACUUUUACCCGGAUGAAAUAAUGCAACGACCUAAAAAGAGAAAUAGACCUUAUAAACACAAAGAAACAUAUUAUUCGAGUGACGAUCUUAGUGAUUAUGUAUUAGUGCCCAAGAGAAAGUUUAAGAAACCACAAAGAGUACCAGAUAUUAAUGAUUAUCCACCUGAUAUCGAUGAAGACGAUUACGAUCAUCCUGAGGAAGAUGAAGACAGAAAUCGCAAGCCACCUCGAGGAUCUGGCCAAAAGGAAGUUGUAAAGAAAAUCAUUAAGAAAAAAAAGCCGCCGAUUAUUAAUUUGUUAGACAUAUUAGACAUUUAG